AUGAAUGGGUGGCGCCGAGGUUCUAACAUGGUACCUGUGAAAUUUUACAUAAAAGAUCUUUACAAUCAGCUAAAAGCUGAAUAUGAUAAAGCCGAACGUGACUUUGAUCGUAUCUUAUAUCGCGGUCAAACUAUAUCUGACAAGGAACUGAACUUAAUGAAAGAAAAUAUUGGAGAAGCAAUAUAUAUCAACAGUUUCCUUUCGAUCACGUUCGAUUUAGAUACAGCGAGAGGUUUUGCCGAAAAAAAUGAAGUUCUUGUUAUGGCCGGAUCGAUAUUUAAAAUUAGUAGUGUAUAUUUCGAUGAUACAAUCAGUUUAUGGAUAGUUGAGUUGAAUUUAUGUGAUGAGAAGAUUUAUGAAUUUAAUGAACUCUAUCAAUGGGAAAAACAAGAAGUAGCAAAAGCCCGAACACCCUUAUCAUUUGAUACUUUACUUCUUCGUAUGAAUUUGUAUAAUAAAGCUGAAAAAUAUUACCAACGUCUAUUAGACGAUUUAUUAAUUACAAAUCCUACAUCAGACUAUAAAAUUGACUGUUACUUAUGUUUAAAGGGAGUGGCAGAGAAACGCGGCGAUUACGAUAUAGCUUUAGCUUAUUGUUGUUUGUCUGCUGAACAAUCUAAAAAUUAUCUGCUAAAUUUGAUUCGAAGUUACAAAGAAAUGGGACUGGCCUAUCUGAAUGUGCAUUCCAAAUCUGAUGCACUUGAUUGUCAAUUUAAAGCAUUGACAAUUCAAGAACUGGUUAAGAAUGCAAAAGAGAAAAUUGCUGAUGCAUGGUUCAAUAUUGGAUCAAUAUAUCGUGUGCAAUUAUGUCCAGAAAAUGAUUUGGCUUUAGAAUACUAUUUUAAAACACUUAAGACAUUUAAAGAACUGCAAAUCCAUGAUGAGAUAGCUCGAUGUUAUGAAGUUACUGGUAAAGUUUACCAAGCAAAGAAAAAGAAAGCAUUCAAAGAUGAAGCACUCAAUUAUUUCUUACACGCAUUAAUCGUAAUCGAAAACAAUUUUCCAUCAUAUUGUCCUUAUUUAGUAUCAAUAUUAGAAUCUAUAGCAGGUGCAUACCAAUCGAUGCAAAUUCUAAAAUUAGUUUUACCACCGUCACAUCCAAAAAUUAAAGAAGCAGAACAUGUCAAAGAUGUUUUAUAA